AUGGGGACCAAAAAAAACCCCCGAGAGACGCAGCUUGGAUUCAACCCAGAUUUCGGAGGCUUAAGGUACCUUUCAAACAUCAGGCCACCACACACCCCUCGGCCCCCAAUCCUGCAGGCCGUUUUCAUGCCCUCCCUCCCUUCCUUCCGGUCGGCUUCAUCGUUCUACUGCAAUCUAUUCGGCAAUGACAGCUCGCUCGAGAGAGAGAGAGAGAGAGAGAACAAGUAG